CCGCCCAGGGGCAGCACCAUCAGGAUUAAGCAGGCUGGGCCACAGCAGAGCCAGCCUGAGGAGCAGCAUGAGGAGCCAUGGCGACCUACAUGCAGCUGAACACUGGAGCCAAGAUGCCCAUCCUGGGGCUGGGCACCUGGAAGUCCCCACCAGGACAAGUGACAGCUGCUGUGAUGGCUGCAAUCGAUGCUGGGUAUCGCCACUUCGAUGGUGCCUAUGCGUACCGGAAUGAGAGGGAGGUUGGGGAUGGGAUCCAGCAGAAAAUCAAGGAAGGCGUUGUGAAACGAGAGGACCUCUUCAUUGUCAGUAAGCUGUGGUCCACAUUUCAUGAAAAACAUCUCGUGAAGGGAGCCUGCCAGAAAACUCUUGCCGAUCUAAAACUGGAUUACCUGGAUCUCUAUCUCAUCCACUGGCCUUCAGGCUUCAAGGCAGGAGAGGAUCUGUUUCCCACAGAUGAGAACGGCAUGGUUAUACCCAGUAACACUGACCUUCUACAAACAUGGGAGGCCAUGGAAGAGCUGGUGGAUGCUGGCCUGGUAAAAGCCAUUGGCAUCUCCAACUUCAACCACGAGCAGAUUGAAAGAAUCUUGAACAAGCCAGGACUGAAAUACAAGCCUGCAAACAACCAGAUUGAAUGCCAUCCAUACCUGACCCAGGAGAAGCUGAUCAACUACUGUCAAUCCAAAGGGAUUGCUGUGACAGCAUACAGUCCCUUUGGCUCUCCUGACAGACCAUAUGCUAAGCCAGAGGAUCCUUCUCUUCUAGAUGACCCCAAGAUUAAAGAGAUUGCAGCCAAGCACAACAAAACAGCAGCACAGGUUCUCCUUCGCUUCCAUAUCCAGAGAAACGUGAUUGUGAUCCCCAAGUCUGUCACACCACAGCGCAUUGUGGAGAACUUCAAGGUCUUUGACUUUGAAUUGACUAAAGAAGAGAUGGCAACUCUUCUCAGCUUCAAAACGCACUGGAGGAUGGGUGUAGUCAGCCAGGCCAGAACACACAAGGAGUACCCUUUCCAUGCAGAAUACUGAUGCUGUUUGUAACCGGGCCUUCUCUAGACCCCUGGUGUUUCCUAUGCCUCUCCCCUAGCUUUGAGCUCUAUAUCUAGCUUUCUUACUGCAUCUGCCUUGUUGCUGCCAGUGAAGUCAGAGGGCACUUAUUCCAUUGAUUUUGUCUGAGUUUAUUCUUUGGAAGAUGUAUUCAGUAGAAUAAAUUGUGCGAUGUAAUAAUUUUCUGCUUAUCAGAAGAGAGGAGGAUUACUGAAGUAUCUAGCAGAACUGCUCAGUGGAAAACAAGGACAGUUUGAACUCUUGAACCACUAUUCAGCAAGUGCCUUCAGUCUUGCAUCAAUGCAAACCAGAGGCUAAUCCACAAGAAUUAACAGACAUCCACCAUUGCAUGUGAAUUCUCCCAUUUUUUAAAUACAAGUAACUUUAAAGCUUGAAAUUGGAUGAACUGGAUGAAAUGUUAGGGCAGGAAUGAUGGGUUGAAUCGUUUUUGUUUAGAAAUUAAAUGAAAUCCCUAUAAAUUUACCCUUCUUUCUUUCUUUGAGCAUUAGCACAGGGGAAGGGAAACAAUAAAGUCAUGGAGGGCUGGGUAACACAAGAUGUCAUCCUAACUCCAAUGUGGUGUUAGGAAGCAUCUUUCCUUUAUUCCUCAUGAUACAUUCCAAGCAACUUCACAAACAAGUGCGUGCUCUCAGAGUUUGGGUUCUACAUUUAAAUGACACACAUGAGCAUUACUUGGGGGAACAUAUUUAUUCUUUUCCAAGAUCUCAUUAGUAUAUGCUAAAGUCCCUCUGGCCACACACAGUAGCAUCUAAGGUGGUUACAUGCCCACUUACUUUUUCCCCAUUUUUCUACCAUGAGCUUCAUCACUGAGACUUUUGGUUGACUUCUAGCUUUUUUUCCCCCAAUUUGGCAAAUUUCCAUGCCUCGUUAGGCUAUAACUUUCAAAAUAAUAUAGGUGAAACUUCAAGGAAAACAUCCUUGCACCUAGUUAAUGCAAACAUAAGUAGCCUAUUAAUGACUCCAGGGCUUCAUGUGAAGCAGAAUUAAGAGAAAGCAAGACUGUUCACACACCAAGCAAGCUGAAAUGGAAAGUUUUACAACUAGCACUCAUUGAUUCCUUUUGCUAAACUAAUACAUUGG